CUUGUCUUCUUCCUUCGAAAUGAAGGUCAUCAUCACCGGUGCAUCUGGCCUACUCGGGACUGCCAUGCGCAGAGCCUUUAUGGCAAAGCCCAACACCGAAAUCCUUGCUCUUUCUAACUCUCGGACUGGCCCCGGAUUGGUACCUCUGGAUCUCACGGACAAAGACGCUGUCAAUACCAAAUUUCGCGAAUUCAAACCAGAUUGGAUUAUACAUUGUGCUGCAGAAAGGCGUCCAGAUGUUGCUGAAAAGAAUCCCGAGGCCACACGACGGCUCAAUGCAGAAGUCCCCGCGCAUCUUGCUUCGCUUGCGAAAUCCUUAGGAAGCUUCAUCGUUUAUAUAUCAACCGACUAUGUCUUUGAUGGAACCUCGCCUCCCUACAAGCCAUCCGAGAAAACUAACCCUCUCAAUCUGUACGGUCAGACGAAGCGCGACGGAGAACAGGCCGUUCUAUCCAUCGAUGAUGCUCAUGUCAUCGUUCUAAGGGUUCCCGUACUGUACGGUCCCGCGCCCAAAAAUUCGGAUAGCGCUGUCAAUGUCUUAGUAGACGUUGUUCAAGAUCAGACCGGGAAACAAUACAACAUGGAUCAUUAUGCCACGAGAUACCCUACCAACGUCGAGGAUAUCGGAGAUUUUCUUGUUAGAUUGUCAGACUUACCACAGAACCAACCUAUUCCCCAAAUUUUGCAUUAUUCUGCGGCAGAACCUUUUACCAAGUACGAGAUGUGCUUGAUAUUCGCUAAGAUCUUAGGCGUUCCACAUGGGCAUAUCAUCCCUGACGCGGAGCCGCCGAAAGGUGCUAGCGCAGCGUCCAGACCUCGGGACUGUCAUUUGGACACGUUGAAAACGGAGGAUCUGUGUGUUGAGGGUGGACUCGGGCUUUCUUUAUUCGAAGAGUGGUGGUCGGCUUACCUGAAGAAGUGAUUGUAAGUGACCGACCCUGUAAGGCUUUUUUUUUUUCACCAUAUUAAUCCCUGCAUAAACUAUACAUAGUUAUGUACAACCGCGCCAAAUCCCGUGAGAAGCAACCGUGUAUUACUUUUUGAAACCAUUUGGAACCUUCUUAUUGAUACCCCGCGCUCCUCCAACUUGUCUAAUUUGGUGAGGCUUCGAAUGAGGUGUGUCAAACUUUUGAGCAAGGCUCUCGCUCUUCAUUUGCGGGCCGCCCUUACGUGAGACGGAGCCACCACCAACGGCUUCCAAUUUGUUCUAUAGCCCAAAAGGAAGAAGAAAAGAUUCAGAUGAGUCCCCCCGCUCUUGCAGGUGAAGCCAGAGAAGGGGACGACAAGCACUCACCGCAUCCCUAUUCAAGACAUCAUCGUGGUGACGCAAAUGCUCAAAGUACUCUGGGUAACGGAGGAAGUACAAGAUCAGCUCGUUUUUCCCGAAAGCAGGUGGUAGCCAACUUACGUCCUCUCUGGUCAUAGUCCAAAACAGACUCGAUGGUCAAACACCUGCCCUCAGCGACGGCGUUGACGGAAGAGGCACCCAUGGGAAUGUGUGACCCUGAAAGUUCGAGGGGGGGAGAGUUUGUUCCGUGUCGGUUGUGAGAGUAGCAAGGCAUGUUUUUCUGUUUUGGAGACUGUUGUUUUUGUUUUUCCUACGAGGGGCAGGAGAUUGCUGGAUAAAGACCUUGGGAAGCUUUGGUCGAUGGCUUUUUGUAGUGGGAAAUUGGAGCGAGUACUUAUACUAGGUCAGUUCUACGUCAUGAUACAGUCACCAUGAAAUAACCAAGAAACGAGCGGGCGGGCGAGUAGGUCCGGGUUCAGGUGACAUGAUAGAUAUGAUAGCG